GGCUCAAAAAGCUUCUCGAUAUGGCCGGUAUGUACUUUUCGAAGACUCUUCCCCCAAAAAGACGUGGUGGUUUUGAUUGACGCUGUUCACUUCAAUCAGACACAAGCCUUGCUCAACCAAAAAGACUCAACGUCCGCCUUGACCUCCCCCAAAAGAGGUGCCGUAUUCUCGCUUCACAACGGCGAAACCGAUUCCGAUGGCGAAUUGUGCGCCCUGGACUCCCGAGGUGACAGUAGCUCUGAGGGGUCAGAAGACCAAAUCCCAGGCGAUGCAACCGUGUCAGACGCAAACCCUUUGUCAUCCCAUGGCCAGGGCCAAGAGGGAGCAAGCUUGCAAGACGGCAUGCUCCCCCGCGACCUCCCCACAAGGACCGCCUUUUACGAUCCUGUUGCGGACCGCCAAAUGAGCCAGACUGACGCCAAACUGUUCUACCAGCGGAGCCAAGUUGGCCAGCUGAAGACGGGGAGUGGUGUAUGGCCUCUGGGCCAUGCCACCCCCCACGGCAGCCCUGUCAUUGUCGGCUCUGAGCAUCGUGAUGUUUCUGCCGGCCCUCGAAAUCUCGACCAUUCGAUGGACUCAUCUCCCCUGGGCAAAGGACAGGCUCAAGUGAGAGGGAAAGCUCAGGCGCAUGAAGAAAUGAUACUGCCGGAACCGACGCAGCAGCAUCUUGCCAGCGCAGAGGACUUCUCACACCCUCGGAGCCAUACUUUCCAGGAAGCCGACCACAGACUUCUGAACAAUGAAAUCCCUAACCUGGGCCUGGGCCAUGAACUUGACUCGAGCGUUGGCGCCACGAACCACCCUGCUGCUCUUGGUGUGGCUGCCUUUUCAGAUACCGACCCGCACAUCACGGCCGAGCUCAGUGCCAUCUCCAAGAAUAUUCAGAGCAUCAUGGACCUAAGAGAGAGAUACAUUGGGCUUUCUCUUCAAGGACCUAACGACAAUCCUAGGGAUGAUCCUUCUUGGUCGAUAUACCCGCCCCCUCCCCAACCAGCCUGGGGAGCCGAGCACGCAAGGGCUGUGGCUUCUUCCGAGCACAUCACCAGCAAUACCAACAGCUUGAAUGGCAGCAAGGUGUUCCCAUCAUCUGCAACAGUAGCAGGUGACCAUGCAGGCCGUCGGCCACAUGAAUCAGAGACCAAGCCCACAUCGAAGAAGCGGAAGCCUGGCCAAGACAUUGGAGAAGACUUCGACAUGCAAGACUUGCUUCCGGUCCCCUCAGCGGACAAGAUGACGUUCAAGCUGGACGAUAGCGGCGUCUACCAAGUCUUCGACGACGCAGAGGCCGAGACUAGAGGAGACCCCCUCAUUCGGGUUCCUACCAUUCGAGAGUUCUAUAUGGACCUGGAUCAGAUUCUUAGUAUUUCCUCUGAUGGUCCAAGCAAGAGUUUCGCUUUCCGUCGGCUUCAAUAUCUCGAAGGCAAAUUCAAUCUUUACGCCCUCCUCAACGAGUACCAGGAGACGGCGGACAGCAAAAAGGUCCCCCACAGAGACUUUUACAACGUGCGCAAGGUUGAUACUCACGUUCACCACUCUGCCUGCAUGAACCAGAAACAUCUCCUGCGUUUUAUCAAGAGCAAGAUGAAGAAGUGCCCUGACGAGGUUGUGCUUUUCCGAGAUGAUCGGCAUCUAACCCUAGCAGAGGUGUUCCAGAGCAUCAAUCUCACCGCAUAUGACCUUUCCAUUGACACCUUAGACAUGCAUGCGCACACAGAUUCGUUCCACAGAUUUGACAAGUUUAAUCUGAAGUAUAACCCGAUCGGCGAAUCACGGCUACGAACAAUUUUCCUCAAGACGGACAACUUCAUCAAUGGCCGCUAUUUGGCAGAGAUUACCAAGGAGGUCAUUGCUGAUCUUGAAUCGAGCAAAUACCAAAUGGUUGAAUGGCGCAUUUCCAUAUACGGCAAGUCCCUCGACGAAUGGGACAAGCUUGCCGCCUGGGUGGUCGACAAUAAGCUGUUCUCCCACAAUGUUCGAUGGCUCAUUCAGAUCCCACGCUUGUACGAUGUGUACAAGGCCAGCGGGCUCAUGGACACUUUCGAACAGGUGGUCAAGAAUGUUUUUGAGCCCCUGUUCGAGGUCUCAAGAGAUCCCUCGAGCCACCCGAAGCUGCACGUCUUUCUGCAGAGGGUGAUUGGGUUCGACAGUGUCGACGACGAAAGCAAAGUUGAGCGGCGCCUGUUCAAGAAGUUCCCAGUACCCAAGGUUUGGGACUCGAAACAAAACCCUCCCUACAGUUACUGGCUUUACUAUCUGUUCUCCAACAUGUCAUCGCUCAACGCUCUGCGACAACGUCGGGGUUUCAACACGUUUGUGCUGCGACCACACUGUGGUGAAGCUGGUGAUAGCGAGCAUCUGGCCGUGGCUUUACUAUGUUGCCAUAGCAUCAGCCAUGGUCUUCUGUUACGCAAGGUUCCGCUCUUGCAAUACAUUUUCUAUCUCGAACAGAUUGGCAUCGCCAUGUCGCCGCUGAGUAACAAUGCACUGUUCCUUGCCUACGAAAGAAACCCGUUUUACCAGUACUUCCGCCGGGGUCUAAACGUCUCACUCUCGACAGACGACCCGCUUCAGUUCGCUUUUACUAAGGAGCCUCUGAUGGAGGAGUACGCCGUAGCCGCUCAGAUCUACAAGCUGAGCCCUGUAGACAUGUGUGAACUAGCAAAGAAUUCUGUUAAGCAGAGCGGUUUUGAAAGUGCGAUCAAGGGGCAGUGGCUUGGCCCAAGUUUCAAGCUUCCGGGCAAGGCAGGCAACGCCAUGGUGAAAACUAAUGUGCCGGAUCGCAGGGAAGAAUUCAGAUACCAGACUCUCAGAGAGGAACACGACAUGCUUCACAAAUACAUCACCUACGGUUCCAAAGAAUUCCCUGACUCGGCUGUCACGGCUGAUCAACAGAGUAUCGCCCAAAGCAUUAUCGGUGGGCACCAACCAGCGGUACAACGCGAGCCAGCCAGCGUGGGUGCUGGUAUUGCCACAGGUAGCGGACGUAGCAAGCAGACAGCCGCAGUGAGAGGAACCAACAGCUCAGCAGUGUUUGAGGAAGAGGUAGUUGCUUCUCCUGCCAGUCUCGCACCUUCGGGAGAAGCAUCGUGGUCAACUGACGGUCACACGUCGGGACGAGAUCCCAAACUGUUCCCCGGGGUGUUCAGCCGGGGUCGGACAGGGAGCAGCCAGUGA